GUCAAAGUGGCGCUGUUGUGCAUUGUUCCCAUAACAUUCAAUAUUUGUAUUGGAAUUUUUGAUUAAAAAUUAUUUUAAACACAAUGACGCGUUGUUUUGUGCCAAUAUGCUCAGAAAUUGGAGUACAUCAAUUCCGAAGGACAAGAAAAUUGGAAGACUGUGGUUAAAGGCCAUUUGACGCGAAAAAAGUACUCCCACAAAAAGUUCGAGGUUAUGUCGUAAACACUUUGUGGAAUCUGGCUAUGAAAACAUUAGUAAAUACACAGGUGUCAAACAUUAACAUAAAUAUCUGAAGAAAGGUGCUGUACCAUCUAUAUUUUCAUGGAAUAUGAAACCAGUUUUUGAAGAGACAAAAAGUAGAGAACAAAGGUUACAAACUCGUAACCUUAAAAAACAGCUUUUUAGCCUGCCCAACACUUCCCAAUAUUAUGAAGAUAUAGUACCCCUUGAAGAACACAGCAAUGUGCAUUUUGAUUCAAAUGUCUCUCAAGAAAUUCUAAUAGAAAAUAAUAACUCUAGUAUAGAUGAAACAAUUACAAGGCAUCAUAUUACUAUUGGAACUCAAACAUCCAAUAUAUUAAGAUUGUUCUCUACAGAGCUAUUACUUGCAGACGAUGAGACAGUGCAAUACUACACCGGGUUGGAAACAGCAUCUAAGUUUUCAUUAGUUUUAAUCACACUUUUGCCAAUGUCAAAUGAUAUAAGGUAUCGCUGGAGUAGAGUGGUCGGCAUAUCAAUAGAAGAUCAAUUUUUAAUGUUACUAAUUAAGCUUAGAAGAAACACAACAGAUUUUGAAUUAAGUAAAAUUUUCGGUGAGCUUCACCAGGGGGUUUAUUAUCAUAUGUUUCAAACGGCUACGCUGGUUCUGCAAGUGAUCGACAGGUAGUAGAACGAAGUAAGCUGCUGCAGAUUUGUGAUUCUGGAGAUAGUAUUAUGGCAAACAGAGGUUUUAAUAUACAGGAUCUGUUUGCCUCUAAAGGAAUUAGUAUAAAUAUCCCAUCUUUUUUAAAAGGUAAGUCACAAAUCCCAGGUGUUCAGUUAAAGAUAGAUCAAAAAUUUGCUAGUCAGAGGGUUCACAUAGAACGAUUAAUUUCAUAUGUGUAAUGUUAUAUAAUUUUAGAGAAGGAAUUGUCAAUAAAAUAAUUAAAAAUAUU